AUGUCUGCUCCAGAAGCUCCAAAGAGAGGCGGUUUCGGUGGCCGUGGUAGAGGUCGUCAAGGUAGAAGAGGCGGUAGAAGAGAUGGUGAGGAGAAGGGUUGGGUCCCAGUCACCAAGCUCGGUAGACUCGUGAAGGCCGGUAAGAUCUCCACCAUUGAGGAGAUCUUCCUCCACUCCCUCCCAGUCAAGGAGUUCCAAAUCAUUGACCAACUCUUGCCAGACUUGAAGGAUGAGGUUAUGAAGAUCAAGCCAGUCCAAAAGCAAACCAGAGCCGGUCAAAGAACCAGAUUCAAAGCUGUUGUUGUCAUUGGUGACUCCAACGGUCACGUUGGUUUGGGUAUCAAGACCGCUAAGGAGGUUGCUACUGCCAUCAGAGCUGCUAUCAUUAUUGCUAAGCUCUCUAUCAUUCCAAUCAGAAGAGGUUACUGGGGUACCAACUUGGGUCAACCACACACUGUCUCCUGUAAGACCACUGGUAAGUCUGGUUCCGUCUCUGUUAGAUUGAUCCCAGCUCCAAGAGGUAAGGAAAUUGUUGCUUCCCCAGCUGUUAAGAAGUUGUUGCAAUUGGCUGGUGUUGAAGAUUGUUACACCACCUCUUCCGGUUCCACCAGAACUUUGGAGAACACCGUUAAGGCUGCUUUCGUUGCUAUUGCCAACACCUACGGUUUCUUGACUCCAAACUUGUGGGCUGAGCAACAAUUGACUUUGUCUCCAUUGGAUGUCUUCGCUGAGGAGGCUUCCGCUUCCAAGAAGGCUUACUAA